AUGUCCUCUCUUUCGGAAAUGCCUGAAGUAGUUAUAAAGAAGAUAUUCGAUAAGUUGGAUAUUCGAGCAAUAUUCACUCUCCGAAAAGUGUCGCAUUUUCUUCGAAAUUUCAUAGAUGACGUCGUCCCAGAUUCAAAACUAAAAGUUGUUGAAGUAUCUGUGUGUUCGGAAUAUAUUUGGAUUCGAUACACUUUUUCUGAUGGCCCUCUAAUCAUAAAUACUUCCGAAAGAAGUGAAAAUGGAGGGUGUAAAAUUGUGACAAGAAAGAAAAAAGUGUUUGAUGAGUUGGAUUACGUAGGGGUUUUUAGUGGAGAUCUCGGGAAUAUACUCAAGUUCCAAAAGUCUGCAAUCCAAUAUUUCUCGUUAGGUUGGUCGGAUGUGAUAAAUGGAUCAAAAGGAAUCGAACCGACUAUCGACAAGAUUCUGGAGAAGUUAGAAGAGGUUCUGAACGCGAGAAAACGGAAGCUGAAAGUCAAAAAUAUCAGAAUUGAUGCAUUAAAACAGAAUCAAGUCCUCUCGAUUCUUCCGUUUGUGGAUUCUGAACAUCUGGAAACAAUUGGAAUUUCUAAUCCAGAAUCUCCUUCCAAUGAAAUCCUGAGCAUUGAUAAAAUUGCUCAACUUGAACAAUGGAAACAAGGGAAAACAAUCUACACACCAGAACAUAUUGUUGCUUCAAGUACUGAAUAUUUCACUCACUUUUCCAAAGGAAUUGUUUCUUUUUUAUCUGUUUCUGUGGAAGGUGUGAUACUUCUGAAAGAGACAUUCCUAUCUUCUUCUUCAUUUGUCAACUUCCAAAUCAAAUAUCAACGUUUCGAGGAAAAGGAACUUCUUUCGGAUGUAUUAGGAUCACCUUCCAAUCAAGAAGAGAAUGAUAGAACAGAAUGGAUUGUUGAAAAUUUAUCAAAAAAUUCACUUCUGAAGACAAUCCUGACGUCAUCUGAUGUAUAUUUCGUGCGAUGUUCCAACUGA